UCCCCUUGCCCGGGACCAAUGAAAUGUCCAAUUCCGUCCUUUGUCCCUCCUUCUCAGCGUGCCCCCUCCUUCUAGCAACACCCCCCCUCCUCCUCUUCUUCCCCAGAAAUUCUUUACUCUAUUGUUCCUCCAGCCCCAGCCCCUCCGAGCUCCCGAGCUCCCCCAGCCUCAGCCCCAGCUUCUCCCUCCUCUCCCAGCUCCACCUCCCGCCCCCAGCUCCAACGCUCCAACUCUGGUGUUCAGACCCCAUCUCUCCCGGAGCCCAUGUGACUGGCUCACCCCGUAUCGCCAUCCCCGCCGAGCUUCUCUCGCGGUCGGUCACAGGCACUGGGCUCCCAUUGGCAGACGCGCCAGCCCCUCCCCGCCCCUCCCCCCUCUAUAAGGCGGCGCUGGGCGGCUUCACCGCCGCAGAGCAGUUGUCGGGGCUGCUUUGUCCCUCCUUUCUCACCCCCCGCCCAGCCCCCCGCCCCUCCCGGGAUGGUGCACGACUGGGAUUGAGCCACCCGGGCGGAGGUAGCACUAAGGUGGCCGCGUCUAAGCAGCGCCAUGGACGUGCAUCUGCAGCCAGGCCCACAUUAAGUGUCCGGAAGGGGUAGGACUUGGCAUUUCCGUGGCGAGCCGUCCCCCAGGAGUGACCAUGUCUAUUAUGGACCACAGCCCCACCACCGGCGUGGUCACUGUCAUCGUCAUUCUCAUCGCCAUCGCGGCCCUGGGAGCCCUCAUCCUGGGCUGCUGGUGUUACUUGCGCCUGCAGCGCAUCAGCCAGUCGGAGGACGAAGAGAGCAUCGUGGGGGAUGGGGAAACCAAAGAACCCUUCCUGUUGGUCCAGUAUUCGGCAAAGGGUCCCUGCGUGGAGAGAAAAGCCAAGCUGACCCCCAAUGGCCCGGAGGUCCACGGCUAAGCCGGCCCUCAUGGGGACUAAGCCCGGCGUACGGCCGGCGCGGACCCUGGAGCGCAGCCGUUUGGACGCACUGCUCUCCGACAAGACGCGAGAUCCCACAUCAUGCUCGGGGCGCGCCGGCUUUUGUCAUUGCAUGCGCUGAGAGCCGCGCCCCGAACCUGGACUCCUCGGCCCGCGAGCCGGCCGGCCUCUCCGGCGGUGCUGUCCGUUGCAGGCAAUGGACGGCCCGGGCCCUGCUGGCGUAAUGGAAUCGGAGCGUUUUUGUUACUUGAAUGUCUAGCUGAGCCUGUUUUUGAUGGAGCUACUACUGUAAUGUGAACUAGCAAACUGUGAACUGUACAUAGGCCCCAGAAGCACUCGGGCUUGUGUCUCUCUAAAGUAAGAGAGCACGCGAGGCUGCUGGUCUGAAGAGACCGUACCAGCCCAGUCGCUAGGAAAGAGGGUCCCAGGUGUAAAUAUGUAAAGCGCCGUUUUUGCGUCCCGCGCAGACUCUAGGACACGAGGGAUGACGCUUCUAAGAAUGGGGCUCCUAUUGCGGGAAGCGCGAGGCCGCAGAAAGAACCGCUGAGAGGAGGAUUAGGCCGUUCCCUAGCAAUAGAGUCCCGUUCCUUGUAUGUACAGUCAUUGCAAGGACGCUGCUGUAUCCUCUGGGAGCCGGUGAAGGAUGCGCCUGCCCGAGGACAGUCCGGAAGGUUGCCAGGCUACUUUAUAGCAGCAGAGCAGUUUUUCCUGUGUUCUUAAUGCAUGUCAAAAGAAUAGAAACGUCUCUUCCCUUACGGCUGGCAUACUUUAGUGCUAGCUUGCUGUAACAGCUAUGAUGUACACAUGAACACGUUAUCAAGUCUGCUUAAGUCCAAACGAACCCAAGUGUCCCAGCAGAGACAGCAACAGACUAUUUCCUGCUAUUUCAUGUUUUCUAAACCAGAAGGCAAUGGCAAAAGAGGCUCGAGGAAGGCCGUUUCUAGAAGGUUUUGUUUCUAGAAACAAAAUUUCUAGUUAUUCUCUAUAGGUAUUGGAUUAUUACCUUCCUCAGCAAAUCAGUAUAAGCAUGACUGGAAUUCUCUCAUCAGGCCUCAAAAAUAUUCCGCAAGCAUGUGGUAAGCUAGAGGCAAGCAAGCAUUUUAGCGGUCAUUCAGAAACCCCUUCUGUGUGUGUAUGUAUGCAGUUUCAUGCUUCCCAGUACUGUCAGGAGAACUAACCAGGUUUAGGAAGGAAGGAAGGGAGAGAAGGUAGGGAAGGAAGAGAGGAAGGAAGGGAGGGAGGAAGGAAGGAAGGGAUAGAGGAAGAGAGGAAGGAAGGAAGCAAGGGAGAGAAGGUAGGAGAGAAAGAAGAAAGGAAGGAAGGGAGAGAAGGUCGGAAGAGAGGAAGGAAGGAAGAGAGAGAGGAAGGAAGAGAGGAAAGAAGGAAGGAAGAGAGGAAGGAAGGAAGGGCUUCUUCCAUCUUCAGGCGAAUGGCUUUCACCACAAUUUAGUCAGCUUCUCACUUGAAAAAACCCUCAAGUUUUUGCCCCUUCUCUAAAGUCACUUGUUUGUACACUGGUAUGAGUUUUGCAUUAGAAUAAUAUAGAUCUGACAAGGCACAGGGAGUAUUUGAAUGUUAGUAUUCCUUUAAGCAUUAAUGAUAAAACAAAGAAUAGGCGUGCCUAACCUCAUUUUGGAGGAAUCGGUAAAGAUUAGCCAAUGUGAUCUCUACACAACCAACAACUAAAUAUGGAAGUGACCCGAGCACACAAUUGUGAUGGGGAAGGCUGAGUAUAUAUAUACUAAGUAAAUAAUAUUCAUGUUAAAAAACAACAACAAACUAAAUGGGUUUCCAUCAUUGCUUCUUGUUAUUAAAAUUUUGUUUUGAUGGGAGGGAUUUAGACUUUACAGUAGCAGGGGUUCUUCCUGAACUCGUGUCAUGGCAAAAAAGGCAGUCUGGCGACACCUAAGGAAGGCACCCUCCAUUAGACUAUUUUAAAAUGCAUACAAUGAAUACAUAAGAUUACAAAGGAAUCUAAUUUAUUGAAAUACAGAUAUUAAAAUAUAGCUUUUUUAAGUUCAUGGGCCCCACGUUAAGAACCCCUGCUUUACAGUAAAAGCUUUAUCCAGCAUUUUGGGGAUACCAGUCAAGUUGCAGGUAAUAAAGUCACAUAUCAUUGGAGUCCCAAUUCGGGGAUGCUGGAAAGUACUCUUGAUUUACAGAGACAAUGGUAAGUGCAAAUCUCAUGGCUGCUUAUGGCUUAGGAAGUAAAGGGAGAACCAAUUGCCAGGCCCAAGGAUGAAAGGAAUGGGAGGGAGGUAGAGGGGGAAUGCAAGCUGAAGAUGAACAAAUCCUAGGAUGGGCAGCCAUUCACUUAAUCACAUCAAAAAACUUAAAAAUUUCCAAAGCUUUCUACCUCUGACAUCAUUUUGCUCUGUAGGAAAGCAGUCCCUUGAUUCAGGUAGCUAGCAGAGUAACCCAAAGGCAACUCCACAUUUGCAUUUUAUGGAAUAUGCUGAGGUCAUCUAACAAAAUCUUUAACUGCCCUGUUUUUUAGAACCAUGUCUGAUCAUUUUAAAAAUACUGUUUAUUUCUCCCAAGUUUUUAAGGAAACGUUUUUUUCCUUCAUAUGGUCAUCAGAGAACUUAAUUUUGCUUGUUUAUUUUUAAAAUCAUACUUCUUAAAGGCAAACAUUUGGUGAUUAGUGGCAUGACCACUUAUUAGAUUAAAGCCUUGUUUAAGAUGGAAAUAUCAAUAAAACUGGCCGGUAAAAUGCCAGGCAAAAAGCCAGCUUUUACCAUGCUUACCAAUCAAUAUAAAUAUUUAGCUUCUAAAGCCUUUCAAUCACUUAUAAAUCUGAAGAUUUACUAACCUCUCAAAGCUACUCUAAAUGGUUUAUAUCUUCCAGUUUGCUAAACAGGUGAUAAGUAAUGAUUAGAAAACUAUAGUAGGGGAAAUGCUAGGUUGUUUGUUAAUGUCACUUAAAUAUGGGCUAGUUUUUCAGAUUCUUAUUCUCAAGGACCUGUACUACUGUUUUGGUCUCCAACCUACCAAGUUUGUGCAAUAAUUAUAAGGAAUGUUUCCCCAUUCAGUUUAAGUUGAAUGAUCAUCCACUUUGAUUUUCUAGACCACUGAGAAAAAUUUUUAUUUACAAUGAAUUUCAAUAAAAUUUGCAUAAAUUAUCUUCCCAGUA